AUGGCGAACAGGACCACCGAAAAGACUCAGGAAGAGCGCCCAUCUCAGAAGUCUUCCGGUUGUGGUGGUGAUGUGAAACCUGUUGAACAGCGAACCUCUGAAACUUCGACCACCACCACCACCACCACCACCACAACGCCUCCGGACCAUCUUGCUUUAGAGCAGUUCAAUGCACUAAUCUGUGGGGACGGCUGGAAAAGUCUCGACGAGCCGCCUCCAUUGCCGUUCGAUGUGCGACACCAUACACUGUCCGUGUCAAUCUUCACAGUUUUGGUCCUUGCAGAAUGUUGUUUUCUUCCGAUCGCGCUGUACUACGGGCUGAGUAAAGGCACCAACAUGAGAUCUGGGAUCUACUUUGCCAUCAUCACAAGUUUGUUUGGCUUCGUCACUGGCUAUGAGUUUGCAGUUCGAAGCUGGCGGUUAAUACGAUCAAGUGAUCAAUAUCGGCCAUUGUUUGGCAGUCCGCGGUUUUGGGGAUUCGACAGCACCCAAUACGUUCUGAUGACGCCUUUCACAGUCAUGAUGAUCAUUUUGAUCAUUUUCAGCAUUCCGCAUUAUCCUUCAGUCCGAGCUUUAGCGCUUCCCAUGCCGGUCGGAAUGAUUGUGACCGGCGUGAUACUGGUUGUCAACGGCUGGGCCGCUCACCAUCAUUGGACGCUAAGAUACUUCCGGCUCAGUUCACAUGUGAAGAACUCAGUCUGUCCACCGCUCACAUUCUGCCUGUUCGAGGACAUCUGUGCUGUGGACGGAAAAGGGGGGAAGGAUUUUCGCACGGCCGCUCUAGUUAGAUACCAUGCUUCUCCCCGUUUUCGAGCGCUGCUGAUGCACUUGCUCUGGUUCUGGUCCAUCCCCGCAAUUGUUAUCGGCGCAGUGCUAAUUGUGGCCAUAUACCUCACGAGUGAUGACAUUGCCUAUGGUAUUGGCUGGGGCGCUCCCACGGUGUGGGCAGUCAUUUGGACAUGCAUCACGGUCGGAUGGGCGAGGAGGGUACUGGAGGUUGAGAGGAAGACCUGGUCGUCAGAAAGGUUGCCAUUGACACAGAGAUUGACAUGA